AUGGGCGCUGAGUUAUCAAUCUCUGCAUACAACGACUAUCCUGUACAGAUCGACAUACCCCCACUUGCUUUCGAGGUCUUUGUUCCAAACUGCAACCUACUUGAUCCCGCCAUUCAAGUCGCAGAAGCCAUCACUGCACCGGUCGUCUUACGGCCAAAGGCCAGAGUCAUUAUUGACGUGAACGGCACGUUGCAAGAGCUUCCAGACUCGCUGACAGCACAUUGCCCCAACUCCGAAUCCUCGCCCCUGGAUAUGUUUUUGAAGCAAUACCUGAACGGUGGUGACGCAGUAGUCUUCGUGCGAGGGAAAAGGCAGCCUCUAGACAGCACUCCAGGAUGGAUCAGUGAUAUCCUGUCAAGCAUCAAUGUUCCCAUUCCAUUCCCCGGAAGAACAUUUGACAAUCUGAUAAGAGACUUCUCUCUGACAGACGUCCAAUUCUCCCUGCCCGAUCCGUUAGCCGACCCGGACGCACCGGAGUCAAAUCCCACUGUUUCGGGCACUAUUCUAGUAACGGCCGGCUUACCCUCACAGAUGAACUUUGCCAUCAACGUGACAAGCGUCCGCGCAAAUGCCGAUGUCUUUUAUACCGACGAUAAGCUCGGUGAAUUGAAUUUGCACAAAUGGCAGGACGCUAAUUCGACAAUGACCAGAGCAACUCCAAACAACGAGGCGAUACUCGAAAUCGAGUCCAGAAUUGCCAAUGCUCCUCUCAAUGUCACGAAUGGCGAUGUCCUUACAGAAGUUAUACAGAAGUUACUAUUCGGUGGCGAGCCUGUCGAUUUGGAAGUCAAGGCUCUUGUUGAUAUCCGUGUUGACACCAUUCUUGGGCAACUUACGCUCAAGGACGUACCUGCCGAAGGGAAGAUUCCUGUAAAACGUCCGUAUUAG